GUCCUCGCCGCGCUGGCGCUGGCCAGCGGCUUCGUGCCGGUGCCGCCGCGGACGGUGCGCGCGCCGCCGCAGAACAUGAAGAAGCCGGGCAAGCCCACCGAGGAGGGUCCGCUGCCCGGCCUCUCGGAGGAGAACUACGCGGUGCUGCCCGCGAUUCUUGGGAUCGGCGUGAUCUCGCCCAUCCUCUUGGUGGCCCAGGCGUUCCUGCCGGCGCCGACCGCCGCGCCGCCCAAGAAGAAGGGCGCGAAGGCGAGCGCGAAGGCGCCGACCAAGAAGCCCGCGGCCGCGAAGAUGGAGCUCCCGAAGAUGGCCAUGCCGUCCCUGCCGAAGCGCGAGAAAAAGGCGCCUAAGCCCAAGGCCCCGCCGAAGCCCAAGGCCGUCAAGGCGCCGAAGGCGCCCAAGGCCGCGCCCGCGCCGGCACCCGAGCCGGCGCCGGCGCCGGCGCCCGCGCCCGCGCCCGCGCCGCCGUCCGCCGAGGAGCUCGAGCGCGCGCGCCUCAACGAAGUGCUGGGCGCCUCGAAGCGCGUCAAGGCGACGACCAAGGCCGGCGCCGUCAAGCCGAAGGCGACGACGGCCGCGCCGGCGCCCGCCCCGGCGCCCGCGCCCGCCCCGGCGCCCGCGCCGGCGCCGGAGCCGGUCGCCGCGCCCGAGCCGGCGCCGGCGCCCGCGCCCGCGCCCGUCGUGGACGUCAAGGCCGAGCGGGCCGCGGCCGCCAAGGCGGCGGCCGACCAGCGCGCGGCCGACGCGGCCGCCGCGCGCGACGCCGCGAAGGCCGCGGCCCAGCAGAAGCUCGAGGCGGCGUCCGCGGCGAAAGCUGCCGCCGCCCAGAAGAAGGCCGACGCGGCGGCCGCCUCUCAGAAGAAGGCCGCCGACGCCGCUGCCGCGAAGCAGGCUGCCGCCGACGCCGCCGCCCAGAAGAAGGCCGACGCCGCGGCGAGCGCCAAGGCCAGCGCGCAGAAGAAAGCAGAUGCUGCUGCGGCCGCUAAGAAAGCUGCCGCGCAGAAGGCGAGCGACGCGAAAGCCGCCGCCACGAAGAAGGCCCAGGACGCUGCUGCGUCGAAGGCCGCUGCCUCGAAGCAGGCCGCCCAGAAGAAGUCCGACGCCGCCGCCGCGGCGAAGAAGAAGUCUGCCGACGCGAAAGCGGCCGCUUCCAAGAAGGCCAGCGACGCCAAGCAAGCCGCGGCCAAGAAAUCCGCGGACGCGAAAGCUGCUGCCUCGAAAAAGGCGUCCGACGCGAAAGCGGCCGCCGCGAAGAAAGCAUCUGAUGCGAAGGCCGCCUCGGCCAAGAAGGCGUCGGACGCUAAGGCCGCGGCGAAGGCUAGCGCGCAGAAGAAGUCGGAUGCUGCCGCCGCGUCCAAGCGCGCGGCCGCCGACAAAGCCGCGGCCGCGAAGAAGGUGUGA